AUGACUCUUACGUCUCACCGCCGUCAGUCAGCAUCUGUGGGAGGACCCUCUAAAGGCAUAGAUGAACACUCUCUGUGUUACCUCUACACUGUCCAGUCUAAAAGCUCUUCAGACAGAGUCUCUGAGUUCAGUGCAGUGACUCUGCUGGAUGACAGACAGAUUGACUCCUACAGCAGUACAGACGGGGUCAGGACUCCUAAACAGGACUGGAUGAAGGAGAUGAAGGAGAGUGAGUGGACAGCAGGCGCUGAUAAACUGAAGUACGAUGGACAACAUUUAAACAAGAUCCUCGACAUUCAGAUGAAGGCCUUCAGACACGAUGAGUCAGAUGGUCACACUCUGCAGUGGAGAGUCGGCUGUGAGGUACAAAAGCACUCUGGUGGUUCGCUGUCAGUGUUAAACUGCACUAAUGAAUACGGCUACGAUGGACAGAACUUAAUCUCUUAUAACUGGACCUCGAGGAGAUGGUCAGCCUCAGUCAGUCAGGCUAAAGCGUUGGAGGAGGAGUGGAACGCUGGACCUGUUGAUCAGAGAUGUGAGGAGUGUGUGCACAGGAUGAAGACGUAUUUAAAGUACAGCACUACUGAAACCAAACUGACUCCACCAGAUGUUCAUGUGUUUGUGAAGAAACCUGUAACUGACUCAACCAAGCUGACCCUGACCUGCCUGGCCACGGGCUUCUACCCCAAAGACGUGAAGAUGAGUGUGAGGAAGUUCACCACUUCACUGCCUGAACAUCUACUAAGAUCUUCAGGAGUCAGACCCAAUGAUGAUGGAACCUACCAGCUGAGGAAGAGUGUGGAGAUCCAGGAGGACGAAACAGCAGAUUACAACUGUUAUAUGAAUCACAGCUCCAUCACAGAACCAGUAAUUAAACAGUGGGAGCGUUCUCACUCUCAGGGUGGUCUGGGUUUGGCUGUUGGAGGAGCAGUUGCAGGUGUGAUUUUGACUGUGCUGGUUGGAGUCGUCAUCUUUAUCCUGAAAAAGAAGCUGAAAGCUGUGAUCUCUGAGCCCAAAAACCUCAAAGUUGUGGAGACCACCUCAACAUCUUUCGAGGUCCAGUGGGAGAGACCACCGGGAAAGAUUGACAGAUACAUCGUCAUGGUUUCACAGAGUCAGACAAAUGGAUCAGGAGGGUUAAGUCAGCAGAUUGAGGUGCUGUCUGGGAAAAACUCUGCCCUGAUUAAUCGUCUGGAACCUGGGUGUUUGUACAUCAUCACUGUGGUUGCAGAAAGAGACACGAAACAGAGCCCAGCAGCAACUGUGGAGGCAACUACUACUGGCUGUUCUGACACUGACUCAGGAAGGAGAAUCAGUGGAUCGAACUCUGAUGAUUCAUCCCACCCUGGUUCCAGAAGUUGUGGGUUACCAUGUGGUAAUGUGGAGAAUGUUGGUGAAACCAUGUCGAUGCUGCAGAGAACCUUCAGUGAUCCUGAUAGAAGGACAAAUGAUCCACUUCCAGAAUAACAGCAGACACUGCUAACCUCUACACGUUAAACAGAGGAUCGUAAGU